GCCGGGAAAAAGAUGGUGCUGAUGGGUGCGAGUAUAAAAGUGAGCACGGGCCAAGAAAUUACCGGUCGUCGUUUCAAUCCCAGGGUAAGAUGGUUGGCUACACGCUCGAGGAGGUCGCGCGCCACAAUGGAAGGAUCGAGCCAAGAUGCUGGAUCAUUGUCCGCGGUGUUGUUUACGACGUCACGGAUUUUAUGGCCGAGCAUCCUGGAGGAGCCGAACUUAUCGCCGAGCGUGCUGGAACGGAUGCAACGUCAGCCUUCGAGGAUCUUGGCCACUCGUCCGAUGCAAAAAAGAUACUAAAGAAAUAUGAGAUCGGAUGGCUGGCAGAGACGGGCGGGAGAGAAAGCAGCGAGGAGGCGCCGACGAGUGAUUUGGCCGUGGCCGAGGGUGUCCCGAUCAAAAAAUCCAAUUGGCGGCAGCGAAGGAAGUUCCUAAGCAUGAUCCUCGGGCCGUGCGCGUCGACGUGAAGCCUGGGGAACGGAGCAGCUCCGCCCCGAAGCCUCAGAUCCAGCCCCCGACUAUCUGCCCCGUGGCCUUCGACUUGCCCCGCUGUUUGGUCCCGGAGGGUGCGUCAUCCUUUGGCGGCUGAGGCGCCGCCAUGGGCAUCUGCUCCAGCU